AUGAUGGAAUACGGAAGAACGCGCAAAGGGCCGCUGCCUGGAGGUCGCCAGGGGCCGUCUGGAGCUGGCGCUGGACGCGACAGCAUGCGAACCGCCAGCCGAGCGCGAGGUGCUGCACGACCACCCAGCAGCCCCUCGCAUCCAUCAUCCCCACCAGCUGGUUUGGUGUCGGCAGGGUCUUCGCGGGCCCAGCAAUCGGCACCCGCCACUGGUGGAGUACGCCGCAUGCGUUGGACAACCCAGAUGAACAGCAACGCAUUGCGGGCGUAUUUUAGGGCGAAAGGGGGAGAAACUGGAGGUUUUGCGUAUCGGGCAAGGAUGCAUCGACUUUUUGCUGAGCUGGAGCCAUCUGUAACCGUAACCGAGCAAAACCUGGCAGACCGAGUUCGGUAUAUCUUGCGCUCAAAUACAUUUGAUGUCACCGAACUCGAACGGCUGCGACGUGAGGCUGUUCCUUCAUCGGGUGAAAAUGCUGCCGCUGAGGAUACGGCGCCACAACUUGCUGAGCAAACGGCAAAUGUGGAUGCCGUCGUGAAUAGGCCAGUUGUGGUUGAUUCAAACGAUGACGGAACAGUCGCCCAGGAACUGGAACUAGAGCAAAUGAGGAAUACAUUGGAGGAGGCGAUUGUGGAAACGCGCAGUAUGCCUCUCGAAAAUCGGCCGCGACUUCCCCCGCAUAGCCCUAAGCAAGCGGAAUCGGGCUGUCGUGAGGGCUCUGAACCCAAUGCUGGUGACCUAUUUGGAAGCCAGCCGGGACCUUUGCGAGACGGACUCAAUUCUUUUUGGCGCCGCGUUGGCAGUCUGCCGUAUCAUAGGCGCCAAGGUUUCCACGGCUGGACGCGCUACUGGCCAUAG